GUAAACCAACUACUCUCUCUCUCUCUAAGAUAUUACUACAAGAUUCUCUCUCUCUCUCUCUCUAACUUGAGCUUCGGAGGGUGUCCUGGGUGAUCACCCAAGGACCCUUGUUUUGUAGGAGCUUGGAGUCCCCCAUCAUCCGGAUCAGACGCCUUGCUAGUUCCGCAAACCCGCCUAGAACAUUCUAGGCUCAAACAAUUUGGCGCCCACCGUGGGGCUAGCAUUGCACUGAAGAAAAGAUGGAUGGGAGCUCUAAUACUCCCGUCAAAGGCGUAGUGGAAAGAAGUCCCCUUCGCGCACCAGACGCACCAGCGAGCGGAAUGCGAGGAAUGGAGAUGCCAACCGUGGAAGAAGAAAUGGAAAUGGAGGACCGCGUAAAGAGCCAAGGACAGCAAAUAUCGAGCAUGCAAGAGAGCUUGAUCCAAAUUUUGGCGAUGCUCAAGGAGAAGGAAAGUGACGCCCCCGAAAGCUCAGGAAGGAAGGCGGUCAAAGGGAAGAGAAAGGAAGGCGGUCCUAGCAGCCCAGUCUCAACAGAAGGCGGGGAGUCGGAGAAAGAAGAGGACGACCUUAACUUGGGAUUCCUCGAAGAGCAUCUUAAGCCCUCAUACGGGAAGGUGAAGGGCCCCAACAUCCUGCAGAAUCCACUAGCCAGGAGUUUGUUCAGGACCCAGGUCCCCCCUAACUUCUCGUCACUGGGGCUCCCAACGUACGAUGGGAGCUCAGAUCCCGCCGAUCAUUUGAGUGCGUUCAUGCUCAAAAUGCAACUCAUCAACGCCACAGACGCUGAUCUGUGUAAGGCGUUCCCCGUCACGUUCAGCGGUCACUGCCGAACCUGGUACACCUCCCUCCCAGAAGGGAUAAUAGAGGAUUUUGAGCAGUUCACGACUCUGUUCGCUUCGAAGUUCGCGUCGCAGAGAAGGAGGAAGCUAACGGUCUCGUCACUCAUCAAUUGCAAGCAAGGAAGGGAGGAGUUGCUUACAGACUUCUACGAUAGGUGGAACACGAUAGCCUGCGAGGUACAGGGGAUCUCGCCAAGUGUAGCGGCGGGAAACCUACGCAUGUCAACGCAUAGCCGCGAGCUACGAAGAGCGCUCAUUAAAAAAGAGCACUCGCUGAAAGAAUGGACCGAUCUGGACCGCCUUGUGAGGAAGGCGAUCCUGUUAGAAGAAGCCAUGGCAAUUGAAGAAACUGCCAAGCACCCCAACCCGAGAGAAACUUCCAGCUGAGCGGCGCUACAUGCCAAUAGAAAGAGCAGUCUUAG